CAAUCGCCUUCGGUGAGUAUCGCUCUCACGCCGACACGCGGGGGGUCGCUCUGGUCCCACUGGACGGACGCGGGAGCACGAGUUCAGUGGUGCGUUCGAGUCGUGCCGGAUAUUGGAGUGUCUCCCGCUCCGUCGCGAAACAAAACAUGGGUUGUAUUGAUUAGUCAAGCAUCACCUUCUGUCUCCCGCGGAUCCUCGGUGAGACGUUGGAGAUGUCGCCCUCGGUCCUGCUGCUCCUGGUCAUCUGCCUCAGUGCAGUUCGGGCUGAACCAUCCGCACCGACCAGGACGUACAGUGUUUUGGACCGGAACACCAACACGCUCCUGGAAUGCGACGGUUGUCCUCCAGGAACAUACCUGGUCUCCAGGUGCACAGCGACGCAGGCGACCAGGUGCUCUCCGUGUCCCGCGGGAUCCUUCACCGAGCUCUGGAACACCAUCAGGGAGUGUCUGCGCUGUCACACCUGCGGGUGCAACCAGGCGGUGAAGGCCGAGUGCCGGGCCGACAGCGACCGUCAGUGCCAGUGUAAACCCGGACACUACCAGUUGGAGAACAUGGACACCUGCUUGCCGCACAGCACUUGCCCCCCCGGGGAGGGCGUCCUCCACCAAGGGACGCUGGUCGCUGACACUGUGUGCCAACCGUGUGCAGACGGAACUUUCUCCGACCGAAACUCCGCGGAGCAAGAAUGUGUGAAGCACCGCCGCUGUGAGUCAUCAGCGGGACACAAGCGCCUCCUACCGGGGACCACUUGGCACGACAGCAUCUGCGUCAAGUGCGACGGCGACCGAGCCCAAGAAGCAGCGGAGCAUCUUCGAGGAAUCCUGCCAGUGUUCCUCACCCACCACAGAAUCCGCCGCCGUCUGCUGCGCCGCAUUUUCCAUAAAAUAAAAAACGGCCAGACAGAGAAUGGCUCUGCCAAUCUGUCGCGCUCAGGACUUCAAGACAAGCUCAACGCCUGGCUGUCCACUGCCACAGCAACACAGCUGGAGCAGCUGCGGGCGAUCCUGCUGGAUGCCGGGACGAGAACCACGGGGGAGAGACUUCGGACCAAGCUGCAGAAUGUCGAACGAAAUCUCAAGAGUGUUUGUGAACAAGCUGCCUCCGAGAAUGAGAUCAAAGAUUGAUGGCCGCCGCUGUUAUGUCCGUGCCGACGUGGAAGACGUGUCCAUCCAUCCAUCCAUCCAUCCACCGAUCUUAACACUAACGGCUCCUCGGAAAAGAAGUUGACUACCUCUUGUGUUCGCUGAUGUUGACAAACCUGUUGUUUUCCUUCACAAGCAGGGACCUGUUAUUCUUCCGGACCUGAUAUUUAACAUUACGUUGUCAAUACAAACCUGUAUCAUGUCGAAUUUGGAAAAUAAAAUCAAUGAAUUUCCA